AUGGCGAUUAAAAAGCAAAUAUCAAAAUUAUUCCAAAAAUGUGGUCUUAAAAAAUUCAACCUUAAAUCUUUUUACUCUUCACAUAAACCUAAGAAAGGUCAAAAUUGCGAAAAUCAAAUUCAUAAUAGUAUAGAUCAAAAACUUGAAAUAAAUGCGCAAGAAAAUAAUAGGAAUAGCGAUAGUAAAAGGCGCUCUGAUGAAAAACCAAAACCUUCUUUCGACGCUACUCUAAAUAAUAAUGUAGAAUAUCGGAAUCAUAACAGUGAAAAAGUUUAUCCUGAAAGAAAUGUAAGUAAAGAAACUCGAGAGGAAGAAGAUAUGCCAGGUUCAGUUCCAAUAAAACUAACCGUCGGAGAGAUGCAAUUCACAACAAGGCAACAGACUCUUUGCACAUAUCCAUCUUAUUUAUCAGAACUUUUUUUUAUCUUUCAAUCUCCAAAUUCCGAUUCCAACUCAAGUCCUUAUAGAGCUUUACAUCCACAAUUACCUUGGCCCGAUAAAUUAUUCAUUGAUCGUGAUGGAUCCUU